AUGAUUUUAAUAAAAAAACUCUUUAGUCGCUACAUUCCUAUUGGACUAAAACGCUAUCUAGUAAGCACAUCUACGGAAAAACCACUCAUUUAUCUCUCUGGUAUCCAGCCGUCUGGCCGGCUGCAUCUAGGAAAUUAUCUUGGGGCAAUCAAACCUCUUGUUGGUAUCCAGACCUCUUCAAAUGUGGCCUCCCUCAUGUUGUUAAUGGCUGACUUGCAUGCAUUGACUACAGUCAGGUGUCCACAGUCUCUUCUCCGAAAUAUGCAGCAUCUCUGGACUACACUUGUUGCAUGUGGAAUUAAUCCUAUUCUUGAUAAAGGUGAAAACGCUUCAGGAAAGACCGUUAUAUUUCAGCAAUCAUCUAUCGUUGGGCAUACUGAAUUGACCUGGAUCCUUGCUUGUCGUUGUUCUCACCAGGUGCGCAUAUUACUCCCAUUCUAA